GGCCUGUCCGAGGCCGAAGCAAACGGUGUACCGGGAGCCCAUAGGGUCUCCAGCUUGCGUUUAUUCAUUCACUUAGCGCCUGCUCUGCGUUAGGCACUGGGUAUUGGAUUAGAAAUCCAGAGGAUUCUCUCAUAAAACCUGCGUUCGAGUAAGAGAGACAGACAACGUAAACAAGUAUUUGGGACACAGCGUACUAAAUUCUGUGAUGCCUGAAGCCCCGGGAACUCACUUGGGCUUCUGUGGAAAAUGGUGCUUAAGUAGAGACUGAAGGGUAGGGUGGGGGCAUAGCAACAGAAACUGAGUGAAGAGGAAGUUCAGAAGUCUGAGAGGCAAAACCCAAGAAAGCUAUGGUGAGGUUGAAGAACUAAAGAUAAUUCAGUAUGCCUGGAAGGCGAGUAUCAAGAAGUGGGCCUGAAAAAGUAGGCAGGUUACAGCAGGGAAUUUUAGACAAGAUUCAGUACUUUUUUCCCUUAUCUUGAGAGUUUUGGGUGGACCUGGGGAACAGUUACCAUUAGCUGUGCCUCUUACUGCAUCCUGUGGAAAAUACUUAAUGAAAGAAAGACCCAACAGGGGACAAAGUUUGCAGUCAGAAAGACCAUCCAGAAGUUCUGAUGACCUGGUUCAUGCAAAGGGGAUUGGACUCAGAAACCAAGAAACAACUAGAAGAGGAAGAAAAGAAAAUUAUUAGUGAAGAGCACUGGUACUUGGAUUUGCCAGAGCUUAAAGAGAAAGAGAGCUUCAUAAUAGAAGAGCAGAGUUUCUUGUUAUGUGAAGAUCUUCUCUAUGGAAGAAUGUCAUUCAGAGGAUUUAAUCCUGAAGUUGAGAAAUUAAUGAUUCAGAUGAAUUCUAAGAACAAAGCAGAAGAAGUUGAAGAUGAAACAGUGGAGCUUGAUGUGUCAGAUGAAGAAAUGGCUAGAAGAUAUGAGACUUUGGUGGGAACAAUUGGGAAAAAAUUUGUCAAAAAAAGAGACCGUGCCAAUUAUGAAGAAGAUGAAAAUGGAGAUGUACAGCCAGUUAAAACAAAGAAGAUGUUCUUAAAGCCUCAAGAUUAAAAUGGAUGCCUUCAGAUACAGCUCAGGAAUGCCUUAUGAGUGUUAACAUAUUUUGGAACUCAUUCCAGUGGUUUCUUUAUAGUUAGUAAUAUUGCAAUGUUUAUUCAUAAAGAAAUGUAUAAUUUCGGAAACAUGCUGUUCUUGAAACAGAUGUGUGAUGGAUGUCGUACAUCCUUUGUUUAAUAGUAUUCAUCAGUAGUGGGUUUUUAGCCCUCAAUCUUCAAAUGUAGAGAGGUACAUGGUUGCUGGUUGCUUCUUAAAAAUUUUUUGACCCCAGAUUUUUUAAAAUAAAUCUGUACAGUCACUGACCUUAAAUUGAUUCAUAAAUUAAUACCUGUUUAAAUCGUCCUUGUGUUUACAUUUUACUUUAAAUUACUAAUAAUGUGAAGCCAGUUAAUACAUUUUAGAAUCAACUAUCAUGAAAAUUUAUUAUAUAUAAAUUCAUCAAGAACAAAUACGGUUCUUCGGUCUAAAGUAUUUGCAUGUUACCAAGUCAUUGUAAAUUUGUAGAAUUAUGGGGGUGGGGGGUUGAUGUUAAAACCUUUAAUAAAAAAAUAUGUUGUGUAAUCA